CCCACACCCACAUACCCACGACCAUACCCACAUCCCGCAUCCACACCCACAACCAUACCCCCACAUCCGCAGCCACAGCCACACUCUACACACACACAACCGUACCCACACCCCACACCCACACUCACACCCACACCCUCAUAUCGAUGAAGACUAAGAAAAUGACGAUAGUUUUUCAACAAUAUCAAUUAUUGCCGGUAUUAUGUGACGAAGUUUAAGUAAAUUUUAUAUUACAUAAAAAUCAGAUGUUUCUAUAAAAGUUUUCAAUGUUUUACUUGUAAAUAUUCUUGUUUUAAUAUUAAAUAUAAAUAUUCAAAAUAAAUAAUAGUCGUUUUCAAAUUUCUUAGUCAAGUUCUAAUGACUUUCGCUUAUAGUUUAUGUGGUAAGAAAAAAAACUUCUUGAAUAUUGAAAUUCGAAGAACAACGAAUAUAAAGUAUAGAAUUUGUCAAAAUAUUAAAGAAUGAUUUUUAUUUUGUUCUACGAAUGAAUCUUCUCUUACUUACAAUAUUAAUUACGGGCAUAAAGAAAAAUUUUGUAUUCAAUUCUUCUGAAAUUUUGCUAUACAAUUAAAAAUUAAGACAUUUAAAUUUUUAGUCUUUUGUUAUUCUUUAAUCUUAUUUAUGAACAUCUUGUCGAUGAAAAAUAAUCAGAUAUCAUAUUGAACAUAUUUUCCUUUCACAUUAAAUAUACAACAAUAGAAAAAAAAGAACAUAAUUCUAUUUUUCAGUUUUUUGUCUUUUAAUUUCAAUCAUAGGUCACCCGCUUGAAUUUAAUUGUCAAUUAGAUGGUGUACAUUCUUCUUUCAAAUAGAUAUAUGAAAGAUUAGUAUCUUCAUUAGCAAUUGCGACAAUUUCGUUAUUCAUUGUUGAAGAAGGUAUUACAUGUUGUGUAGUUGCUCUAGAUGAUAACAUUUUCCAGAUGCGCGGUAACAUGGAAAAUGUUGAACUUUGUUUCAAAACGAAGAAAAAUCUUUUUAUCUAAAACUUGUAGGAACAGUUUUUAGAAAUUCAUCUUCAUUCAAUUGUAGUGAUCAUUUUAAAACGAAAAUCGCAAAAACUACUUUGAGCUCUUUCAAAGAUUUUGAAAUAUCUAAAUAACGGAAAUAUAUUUUAGAAAUCCGUUCGAACAAUUUCUAGAAAAAGGUCUCAUCUUUCGAAUAAAAGAAAAUAUCAGCAGCGUAUCUCAAACGGUAGACUGGGAAAAUGUUCCGCAGUAGUCAGUAAACAAUAAAAAAGUGAAGCCGAGAAAAACGAAUAACAACAUUGCGGAGUAGUUGGUGAUGCUCCUGUGUAAAAAACUAGAGCAUAUUAUAUAUCAUUGAAAAGUACGUAAAAAGUUAUUGACGUUGAUGGUAUUUUUGAGAAAAAAUUAAGCUGAUUUCUGAAUCCAAGUUUACUGUAGCGCCAUCUUUUCGACAAAUAACCUUGUUUUGAAGCUUUCUUAUUAGACUGCAACGGUCAGGACAUGAUUAUUCGACACGGCGAUGGUUUUAUAGUGCUAAUAAAGACGAUAGAACGAUAUUAAUUACCGGUAACUAAGGGAAGCACAUCAACAAACCAAUUGAUUUUCCACUAUAGCUUCCAGUAAACGGACCAAAAUUGGGCAAAAUAUGUUCCACUCUUAGAUAAUUUAUGCAUAUUCUGAGAGAGGAUACUCAAGACUGCAAGAAUAUGUGUUUUUUCAAAAAUCGAGUUUUUGAAGAAAAAUCGACUUUCGAAGAGGGGUUCCCCUUUAAGGAAAAGAAACGAUUCAUACUUUUCAAUUUACAUAUCAGUCAAGUGCUCGCAUUUUACAGUUUCAUGUAACCUAAUCGUACGUACUUAAAGAUUCAUUCGUUCGUUCGUGUUUUUUUUUAUAGUAUUUAAUCAUAGUUAUUAUCAUUUGUCAAUUUAUUCAUAUAUCAUUAUUGAAUUUUGUUUUAGUUUGUUAAAUAUUUAGUUUUUUUUUAAAUUGUUCUUUACUAUUGAAAUAAGCGCCAUCUAGAUCAAGGGGGAAAAAGUUGAAGUUGUGACUGCUUUGAUUUAUUUUGAUUAUCGAUGAUUGCCAAUGACUAUCCACAUUUUUUUAUAUAGAGAAAUUACCAGUUCGAUCUAUCUUUGACCAAUAUAAGAUUUUUAUCUCUGAACAGCACAAAAUACUGUGACUUUCCACGUACAUCUCAAUAUAAAACCUGAAUAUAUACAGUAGUGGACAAAAGUCCCGCGCCUAGGCGAAAACUAUCUAAACCAGGGUAGUUUGCUUUGAAGCUUGCAUCACAGCAAGGACUUGUUAAGUCCUGAUUGCGGACAAAAGCUCAAGUCCUAUCCUCGUACUGAGACUGAGAUAUGAGGUGAACACCAAGAAUUUUUUCUUAUUGUAUUAUCUUGGGCUAGGAAAGAGAUACAAUGCCACUUGACCCAUCAUUGGAAAGCCCGACUCUUAAACUAUUUUCAAUAAAAUAUUCAUUACAAACUGACAUGUUUUCGUUAAGUUAUGACCUAUAUCCUCUUUGCCCACGAAAUCGGCAUAUUGCAACUCUAGUAGUAUUUGAUUUAAAUCUCGACUUAAACUCAACCAUUCAGUCUGAAAAUUCCACCGUAGACUAUAUAAGUAUUGGCAAAUCUACGGUAAAAUUUUCAGAAUUAUUGUCUGUACGGAAGUGGAGAUUCAUAUCCUUCUAUACCACUGGACCCACAGUUCUGGAAAAUCACCAUGGUAUGGCAAAUCGAAGUGACCUUUUUGGCAUAAGUAGACCACCAUCGAAGCUAUCUAUUGCACUGAAAAUAUUGUCUUUACUUCAGCGAAUUGAAAAGCACUAACAUUUUCUUCAAAUAUUACGCAAUUUCGUCAAAAAUAUUAAGAGAAAAAUCCUUGGUAUUGGCCCCAUAUCUCAGCCUCAGUAAGAGGAUAGAACUCGAGCUUUUGCCUACGAUCAAGACUUACCGAGUCCUUGCUGUAAUGCAAACUUCAAAGCACACUACUCUGAUUUAGAUAGUUUUCACCUAUGUGCGAAACUUUUGUCCACCACUGUAUAUGACGAUAUUGUGUUAUAGAGAUAUGAUUCUUUCUGUAUUGAUAAGUAAUACGUAACUAAGUGACAAUUAAUGUUACUGUUUUGAAUAAAAAUCUCUUUAUUAUGAAUGAUUGCUAUUGAUUACUAAUAACUGCCAAUGAUUAACAAUGAUUGCUUUGAUUGCAAUCAGAUUUUUCCCUCUUGAUCUAGAUUGUUCUCUUGUUCUAUUGAAAAUCGUAUCCGAAGAAAAACAAAUAAACAAACAACUAAAUAAUAGUUGACUCAAUCUUGUAUCAUCAUUAAAAUAGUGAUUAUUCAUUCGUUCGUAUUUUUGAUAUGAGAAAGAAAAAUGAGUUGACUCAUUCUAGUAGAUAUAUCAUAAUAUUUUUAUGAUACAAUAUGAAAAGAAAUAAAAUAGACAAACGUCAUUUAUCAUUGAUAUAUGUCGAGAUAAUAUUGUUUCUUUUUUUUUAAUUUUUUAGAACUAGCCAUGGCAACUCAUGCAGGAAAUCCAAAUAUGGAAUUAUUAAUUCCAAUGAUCAAUCAAUUACAACAUAUAUUUACAUCAGUUAAUGCAAAAUUAACAUUAACACUACCACAAAUAGCAGUUGUUGGCGCUCAAUCAGCUGGUAAAAGUUCUGUACUUGAAAAUAUUGUCGGACGUGAUUUUCUACCUCGUGGUGGAAACAUGGUUACAAAACGACCACUUGUACUGCAAUUAAUAACAUCACAAGGUCAAGAAUAUGCAAUAUUUGGACAUAAACCACAACAAAGAUUUAUUAAUUAUGCUGAUGUUCGAGCAGAAAUUGAAAAUGAUACAAAAGCUAUUGUACGAGACGAUAUGGGAGUAUCAAGUUUACCAAUUAAUUUAACAAUUUAUUCACCACAUGUUGUUAAUCUUACUCUAGUCGAUUUACCAGGCAUGGUCAAAGUACCAUCUCUAGGACAACCUGCAGAUAUUGUGAAAAAAAUCGAUGAUAUUAUUCUCGAAUAUAUAAGCAAUGAAAAUUGUCUUAUUCUAGCUGUUACACCAGCUAAUAUAGAUCUUGUAACAUCAGAUGCUUUAGUUAUGGCACGUAGUCGAGAUCCAAUGGGUAAACGUACAAUUGGUGUAUUAACUAAACUUGAUAUGAUGGGUAAAGGACAUAAUGCUCGUGAUGUACUUUUAAAUAAAGUUGUUGUUCUCGAACGAGGUUUUAUUGGUGUUGUUCUUCGUGGUCAACGUCUUGAUGAAUAUGGUCGAAUAUCAAAAGAAUUAGACAUUCCGGGUGCAUUAGAACAUGAACGUCAAUUUUUUCAAAAUGAUCCAGCAUAUCGUGAUAUUGCUGAUCGAUUAGGUGUACCAUAUUUACAACGUACACUCAGUAUUCAAUUAACUGAACAUAUACUUAAAUGUUUACCUAAUUUACAACGAGAAUUACAAACUCGACAUCGUGAUUUAUCAAAAGAAGUUAGAGAUAUGUUUGAUAUUUCAUCAAGUUCGGAUACCAAGUCACUUAUCGGAUUAAUACAUGAAUUACAUGAAACAUUUGAUACAGCAUUACAGGGUACACAUUUAACAACAGAUGAUUUAAAAACAUUAACUGGUGGUGCACGUAUUGCUAACAUAUUUCGUGAACGUUUUCCAUUUGAAUUAGUCAAAACUGAAUUACAAGAUAAAGAUAUGCGUAAUCAAAUAAUAGUUGCAAUUAAAAAUAUACGUGGAUUUAAACCGGGUCUAUUUACUCCUGAUGAAGCAUUUGAAUAUAUUGUACAAAUGCAAAUAGCUAAAUUUGAAGAUCCAGUUAUGAAAUGUAUUGAUAUGGUUGUAUCAGAAUUACUUUCUGUUAUUCAUGAAACAGCAAAUAAAAUGAAACGUUAUCCAUUAUUAAGACAAGUAACAGAAGAUUUAUUAACACAAUAUUUACGAGAGCGUGAAAUUGCAACUAAACAAGCUUGUUCAGCUUAUAUUCAAACUCAAUUAUCUUAUAUUAAUACGAAUAAUGAAGAUUUUAUUGGAUUUGCAGGGCAAUAUUUUUGUUUUUUUUCAUUAAAAGAAAAACGAACUGUAGUUUUAAUUAAUAAUUUCAUUCGAAAGGAUUAUGUUGAUAGCAGCUUAGCAUAG